UGUUAUUUGUAUAUACUGUAAAUGAUGACAUCGGUGGGCACUAACCGAGCCCGGGGGAACUGGGAGCAGACACAGACACAGAGCCAGACACAGCACAAGCAGCGGCCACAGGCUACUGCGGAACAGAUUCGACUUGCACAGAUGAUUUCGGACCACAAUGACGCUGACUUUGAGGAGAAAGUGAAACAACUGAUUGACAUCACGGGCAAAAACCAGGAUGAGUGUGUGAUUGCUCUGCACGACUGCAACGGGGAUGUUAACAGAGCCAUCAACGUGCUGCUGGAGGGGAAUCCGGACACGCAUUCCUGGGAAAUGGUUGGUAAGAAGAAGGGUGUCUCGGGACAGAAGGAGAGUGGACAAACGGAACCCAGUGAAGAAAGCAAAGAGAACCGGGACAGGGAUCGGGAUUACAGCCGGCGACGUGGCGGACCACCAAGGCGGGGCCGAGGCGCCAGCCGCGGGAGAGAGUGUAUGAGCCCGUACUUCAGUCGCAGCUGUAACUAUCCUGGGACAGGGGAGGACACUUCAGUUCGGGGCCAGGAGAACGGGCUGGAUGGUGGUAAGAGUGGAGGAUCUUCUGGAAGAGGCACAGAGAGAGGGAGGCGAGGUCGUGGACGAGGCAGAGGUGGCUCUGGAAGGCGGGGGGGAAGAUUUUCUGCCCAAGGCAUGGGAACUUUCAACCCAGCUGAUUACGCAGAGCCAGCCAGUACGGAGGAGAACUAUGGGAAUAGCAACAACAACACGUGGAACAACACUGGCAGCUUUGAGCCCGACGAUGGCACGAGACUUGAUUUCAUUGGGGGUGAGGGGGCAAAUUAUCCCCGAAAAUUUGACACUGCUCCUGGUACGAUACAUCCAGGUGCAUGGAGGACAGCGACAGAGGAAUGGGGAACAGAGGACUGGAAUGAAGAUCUUUCAGAGACCAAGAUCUUCACUGCUUCCAAUGUGUCCUCAGUACCUCUGCCUGCAGAGAAUGUAACAAUCACAGCUGGACAGAGAAUCGACCUGGCAGUGCUGUUGGGAAAAACCCCCUCUUCUCUGGAGAAUGAGUCGGCAAGCUUGGAUUCAUCACAGGCCCCUUCCCUGGCCCAGCCUCUGGUGUUCAGCAAUUCCAAACAGAGUGCUUUAUCCCAACCAACCUCUGGGAACACCUUCUCUCAUCACAACAUGGUGAGCAUGUUGGGGAAAGGGUUUGGAGACGUCGGGGAGGCCAAGGGCAGCAGCACCACAGGCUCGCAGUUCCUGGAGCAGUUCAAGACCGCGCAAGCCUUGGCUCAGCUAGCGGCUCAGCACACCCAGCCAGGCGGGAGCACCGCUGCCUCCUCCUGGGACAUGGGGUCCACAACGCAGCCCUCGGCCCUCGUGCAGUACGAUCUAAAGAACCCGACGGAUUCCUCCGUCCACAGCCCCUUCACCAAGCGCCAAGCCUUCACGCCAACGUCGACCAUGAUGGAGGUGUUCAUGCAGGACAAGCAGCCCGUGGUGACGGCUCCUGCAGCAGCACCACCGCCCCCUUCCUCUCCCUUGCCCAGCAAAACCAACCCAGUUCCCCAGAUGUCCCCAGGGUCUUCAGACAACCAGUCCUCCAGUCCCCAGCCAGCGCAGCAAAAGCUAAAGCAACAGAAGAAGAAAGCCUCUUUGACAUCAAAGAUUCCUGCACUCGCCGUGGAGAUGCCUGGUUCAGCAGAUAUCUCAGGGCUAAACCUGCAGUUUGGGGCGUUGCAGUUCGGCUCUGAGCCCGUGCUCUCAGAGUAUGAGUCAACGCCAGUGACGAGUGCUUCGGCAAGCCAGUCUCAGAGCAGCCUCUUCACCAGCACUGCGAGUGAAUCUUCGUCCACGAUUUCGUCCAAUCAAAGCCAGGAGUCUGGUUACCAGAGCGGCACAAUACCGACAGCAACGUAUACCUCCCAGAACAGCGCUCAGGGACCACUGUAUGAACAGAGAUCCACCCAGACCAGGCGAUACCCAAACUCCAUCUCCUCCUCGCCCCAGAAAGACCUGACCCAGGCCAAGAAUGGUUUCAGCUCUGUACAGCCCACGCAGCUACAAACCACGCAGGCCAUUGAAGGUGCUACAGGCCCUGCAGCGAAGUCAGAUUCUCCCUCUGCCCCCAACAUCGCGCCUCUCAGUGACGCUGUCUCUGCAUCAUCUCUGCUGACAACAUCCAGCCAGCACUCGGCAGCCCUGGGCAGCCUGAGCCACAGCGAGGAGCUCCCCAACACGACCACCACCCAGCUCAGCAGCACGUUACCCACGCAGCAGAAUAGCCUCUCCUCAUCAACAUCCUCUGGGCGCACAUCCACGUCCACUCUUCUGCACACAAGUGUGGAGAAUGAAGCAAGCCUCCAUUCUGCUGCUAGCACUUUCUCCACCUCCUCCAGCACGGUCUCGGCUGCCCCGCCUGUGGUCAGUGUCUCCUCCAGCCUUGGCAGCGUCAGCAGCCUGGGGCUCAGCCUCGGCAGCAACUCCACAGUGACAGCCUCAACGCGCAGCUCAGUUGCAACGACUUCAGGAAAAGCCCCGCCCAACCUCCCUCCUGGAGUCCCACCGCUGUUGCCUAAUCCGUACAUCAUGGCUCCAGGCCUGCUACACGCCUAUCCGCCACAAGUGUAUGGGUAUGACGACUUGCAAAUGCUUCAGACGAGAUUCCCGCUGGAUUACUACAGCAUCCCAUUCCCCACGCCCACCACCCCGCUGACGGGAAGAGACGGCAGCCUGAGCAGCAACCCGUACUCUGGUGACCUCACAAAGUUCGGCCGAGGUGAUGCUUCCUCCCCUGCUCCGGCGACGACCCUCGCGCAGCCUCAGCAGAGCCAGACGCAGACACACCACACCACGCAGCAGACAUUCCUGAACCCGGCCCUGCCUCCUGGCUACAGUUACACCAGUCUGCCAUAUUACACAGGGGUCCCUGGGCUCCCCAGCACCUUCCAGUACGGGCCUGCCGUGUUCCCUGUUGCUCCUACCUCUUCCAAGCAGCAUGGUGUGAAUGUCAGCGUGAAUGCAUCAGCAACCCCGUUUCAGCAGCCCAGCGGCUACGGCUCCCAUGGAUACAACACUGGUGUAUCGGUGACAUCCAGUAACACAGGAGUACCAGACAUCUCGGGCUCAGUCUACUCCAAAACUCAGCAGUCCUUUGAGAAGCAGGGAUUUCACACUGGAACCCCAGCAGCCUCCUUCAAUUUGCCUUCAGCGCUGGGCAGCAGCGGCCCCAUCAACCCUGCCACAGCUGCGGCAUACCCACCGGCCCCCUUCAUGCACAUCCUGACCCCACAUCAGCAGCCCCACUCGCAGAUCCUCCACCACCACCUGCAGCAGGAUGGGCAGCUUCCAUAUUUGCAGAUGAUACUGUGCUGCCAACGCCAGCAGGAAGACCAGAGUGGCACCGGACAGCGCAGCCAGGGCAGCUCCAUCCCCCAGAAGUCCCAGGCCAACAAGUCCACCUACAACAGCUACAACUGGGGUGCCAACUGAGCCACCGCCAAGAGCAACAACCCAACCUGCCACCCCAGGACCCCAGGGAGAAGCGUGCGCCACCCGCGUCCCAGUUGUCUGGGCCGUGCUGGGCUCUGCAUCGUGUCUGUUUGCAGCCACCUUUCCUGUUAUAUGUAAUAUAGAAUUUGUAUUUUUUUUCUCUCUCUGCAUUCGGAUUCUGAACCGUUUGCCGUAGGGGCCUCUCUUGGUUUUUACUCCUUGCUCCCUGCCCACCACCCUGCGCCCCAGACCCCGCCGGAGCCCAAGGAGUGGAAGGCUGCCAGCCCGCCUACAGCAAACCCCUUUACUAUUAGGAAUAAGAACAGUAAUUGAUAUGAACAGCAUUGUAAGAUGAAUUAGUUGAAGUGUUUUUGUACCGUGUUCCAAAUUCAAUGGAUAAAUGUGUCUUGUAUAUAAAAAUGAAAACCCCA